CCAUUGCUAGCAGCGCAUAACUGAAAGUUGAGUUACUGAGGAUCUUCAGGUUGAGUAGGUGAUGGAUCCCAACAUGAAGCUUCGUGAAGUGAUUACUGCAGCCAUCCUGAUGGCGCUCCUGAUCAUUACUUCCUCGAGUGGAGUCAAGGGUAACUUCAGUAAUGGAUAUUAUAGCGAAAGCCGUGCUGCAGCUGAGGUGCAAAGAGAAGGCCAUGCUGAUAUGCAGGCCGCUGCAUGUGGUCGAUCGGCAGCCGAGCUACUUCCGUGUGUCACAGCUGUCUCUGGUACAGGGAGCAAGCCAUCCCCAUCAUGCUGCGCAGUUCUCAUCAAGUGGGGAUUCGGUUGCCUGUGUGACCUUCUGAACGAAAAUCAAGGCCGCAUUCCUGGCAACAUUAACACCACCGUAGUGAUUGAAUUGCCCAAAGCUUGUGGCAUUCAAAUUUCUGGGGGCAAGAAUUGUGGCGGAUUAUUUCCCCAGCCUCCGGCAAAGAACUCCAUUGCAGCAAAGGAAGCGAAUAUUGCGGAAUUGGUGACAGUCGAUCAUGAGUGAACCAGGAAUUUCGGAUUGUUGGAGAAUCAGUGAUGAUGUUCCACAUAUUGAGCGGCAUGACGAUUUCAGCGUACAGGUUCCAGCAUCUGCUGUAAAUCCGACUCAGUGAAUUCAUGGGAUGUAGCAUAUGUAUACACUUAUGCAUGAGAACUGAUGAGCUUUCAUCUACUCUCAAUGGUCAUAUUCUGGACUACACUCGACUUCUAUAGAUCUAGUGCUGUCUUCUGUUCACAUGUAACCGCUGUCUGAUAGGCAAGACUUCGGCUUUAUAUACCGUUCUUUACAACCACCAGCUACCUCGAGUACGCUUACUCUGCUUUGCGUAAACAUAUAUGUAAUCCAAGGGUACUGAGUCGCUGCAGGCUUCUCCUGAUCUUCUGUUGCUUCUGGUGUUAUGAUAAAUUAAGUUCUCU